AUCUGGUACAUAUACCUGGAAUCUGUGUACCCGGACUAAGUAAUUCCUUUACUCCUCAGUGAGGUCCUCUUGUGGAUAAUUCUACCUCAGUACGCAUUCUGGUGGUCAGCUAACGUACAUUACACUUUCGACGUUGCUGCUGUUGCUAAUACCGUUGCUGCUGCUGUUGCCGUUGUUUCUGCUGCUGUUGACGAAGCUAACCGCCGCUACACAACCUCCAGCACCAGUACUAUUAACAAAUCGGAGAUCAAAUCAUUUCAGUACAUAAACUCCAUUUUUUUCACUAAAUCUCUGCCCGCCACUCAUACUCUAUCAGAGAUUGUGGUGAAACGCCUAUGUAUUGUACCCAUAGCUUUCAACCUUCAUACAAUCUCAAAUAUAUUUAACUAGCUUCUACAUUAUUAAGCCAUUCUCUUGAGCCAUUAUAUCAAGUCUCUAGAAGACUUGUUAUCAUAAUCAAGGAUUUUUUACCGGGGAUUAGCCGUUAACGUUGUCGAGGAAACUUUGAACACGUGACAGAAUUUAGAUUUAGCCUUUAUCCAUUUAAUCAAAAAUGGGAAACAGACAUUCGAAGAAGAAAUUGACGAAGGAGGAUAUGCAAUUCCUUACAAAGCACACUCAUUUCAGUGAAUCACAAAUCAAAAUAUGGUACCAAGGUUUUAUGAAAGAUUGCCCAAAAGGAUUAUUGUCAAAAGAUAAGUUAAUGGAAGUAUAUUCCGACCUUUUCCGACAAGGAAAUCCAGAAAUGUUCUGUGAUCACGUGUUCCGCACAUUUGACCAUGAUAACAGUGGCCAUAUUGAUUUCAAGGAAUUUAUGCUUGCCAUCAGUGUGACCUCGGCAAGAGAUCCGAAGGAAAAACUGAAUUGGGCCUUCACGAUGUAUGAUAAAAAUAAAGAUGGCACUAUUGAGAAGAGCGAGAUGGUAGAAAUCAUUACGGCAAUUUAUGAAAUGUUAGGAUGUACAGAUAGCCAGGAACCACCAGAAAAGCGUACAGAAAGUAUCUUUCAUAAAAUGGACGUGAAUAACGACGGUGUAUUGUCAAAAGAAGAGUUCAUAACUGGCUGCUUGGAUGAUGACGACCUGCGUCAAAUGUUAACAGUCGAUGCAAUUUGUCCGCCUUGACGGAACAAAUCUUAAAAUUGUUUUCUUAUUUUUUUUCAAUUGGUUUUGGUCAAGAAAUA